AUGGCUACUAAUCAGGAAUCUCCUGCUGAAUUUGUUACUCUGGCUUCUAAUGAUGGGUUCGAGUUUGUAAUCCCGAGGAGUGCUGCCUGCGUAUCAGGCACCCUUCGCAGAAUGCUGGAACCGUCAAGCAACUUCUCAGAAGCAGUCACAGGACGGUGCGUGCUAGAAACAUUGAAUGGCGUGGUACUCGAAAAGGUUUGCGAGUACCUUCUCUACAAUGAACGAAAUAAAGGACAGACAAAUGUCCCUGACAUGGACAUUCCCCCUGAACUCUGCCUAGAAUUGCUCAUGGCUGCAGAUUACCUGGAUAGUCAGUUAUUCCACCUUACUUUCUUGCUAUGUUCUCUGAAUCCUUUGAAUCCAGUUAUUCUAACCCAUGUUAUAGCAUGA